UUUUUCUUUUUCUGAAACAUACUGAUAAAAUCAUAAAACCCCUCUCUCUCUCUCUCUCUCUGUAAAUCGUCCUCUGCUUCUGCUUUCUCUCAAGCGUGUGGCCGUCUGGAAGAAACCCUAAGUUACUUCCUUCUUCUCGUACUUUGCAGGUCGAUUUCCUCUGAUUCACUCAAAACAAAUGGAGCAAUCUCCCAAGCAGUCACAAUCUCCUCUGAUUCCGUCGCUUCCAGAUGACGUCACCGUCGACAUCGUAGCUCGUGUGCCAAGAAGCCGUUACCCAACUCUCUCCCUCGUCUCCAGGACUUUCAGGAAACUCAUCGCUUCCCCUAAGCUCUACAACACUCGAUCUCAGCUCGGAAUCACCGAGCACCGUGUCUACGCUCUCCUCUACAACCGCACCACGGGCGACCUCCGUUUCCACGUCCUCCACCGGAAAGUCAACUGCAGAAACCGCUUGGUCGUGGUCGGAUCACUUCCUCCCAUGUCUUCCAUCGAAAGCUUCGUCUCCGUGGGUUCCAAGACGUAUGUGUUCAACAACCUGGAAUCGCUCAGCAUCGACUUCGCCUCUCACACGGUGCAGUCCAUCCCCGGCAUGCCUCAGCGCAUGAUUAAUAAUGUAGCUAACGCCGUCGACGGGAAGGUGUACCUGAUCGGUGAUUCCUUCUGUAGUUUUUCUUCGAGGAAGGGGUGGAUGAAGGCGGUGAUGGUGUUCGACACAGAAACCCAGACCUGGGAGCCGGUGAGGGUAAAACACGACUUGCCCUAUGGUGAUCUCUGGUCUGAUUCUGCUGUGAUGGAGGGGAAGCUGUUCUUUAAAAGUUUUAGGAAUCACCACGCUUUUGCUUAUGAACCGAGAGAAGACAAGUGGGAGUUGAAGGAGGUGUUGAACGCCAAGGAGUGGAAGGGUGCGUGUGUGGUUGAUGAUGUCCUCUACUACCACGAUCGUUCUGUGAAGGCGGGGGCGUUGAUGGCGUUUGAUCCCAAGCAGAGCCCCUGUUGGAGUGUUGUCAACGGUUUGGAAGAGUUUUUCGCUGUGGAGGAGACUGAUCGAUCCAGAGUGGUCAAGUGUGGGGAGAAGAUGUUGGCUCUCUUCUUUACUAAAAAACAUGACGCCAAGAAGAAAGUCAUUUGCUGUGCAGAGAUUGCUUUGGGAAGGCGCCAAGGAGAGAUUUGGGGUAAGGUGUUGUCGUGCGAUGUUGUCUUUGAGGAUGGGCUGUUUGACAUGGUUAAGUGUGUGUCUGUCACCGUUUGAUGCACAGCCAUAAAAAAGAAAGCUCUGUUUUAGAUCUUUCGUAUUUUAGUUAUUAUCCUAAAUGCCAUCUCGUGUGGUUGUUUGUUAGUUUGCUAACAUGGUUAGUGUAAGACAAAACUUGUGCUAUGUUCUGUUACAUUUGCUAUGUUUUUUUUAUCUUGGAUCGUUUCCUUAGA